AUGUCGGUAAUGCUGAUGAAGGUCGUAUCUGACUUGGAGGAUCUUCCUAAUGGAGUUGCUACGCUGGGUGACCUGUAUGAGAAUGGAGAGUAUGCAGCCCCUAAAGCGGUAGACACUCUUGAGCUGGUGCUUGCUGUUUUUGGAAAGGGUCACGAGGCUUCAGUGUACUAUUCCUGGCUAAAUCAGAGUUUAGGUAACUGCUCAGAUGAGGGUUGGGUGAUGCCAAGGUAUGAAGUCCCAGGGUCUCCUGGAGUAACUUCAACUAAAGUAACUGCUUACAAGGAUAAGAGUGGACAGUUUGUGCCAAUUCUAAACCUAACAUGGAGUCAGUUACCUGAUGAAACGAUAUUUUCCCUAAAUGGUACUGAAAUGCGUGUAGUUGAAAUGGCAACAAAUAACAGUGUAUGUGUUCGUUACAUUUUUCUCAACAAACUUAAAAAGACAAACCCAAAGCAUGGCAUGUGGACUUUUUCUUUGGACAGAGUUGUGGUCAACACAAACUUUAAAUACCAGGUUUUUGUAACCAAUUUACCGAAGCCAGACAUAGGGAGCUAUACAAUAAUAACCACUAUUACAGUUCCAGAAACGCUAUCCAUAGACAGCUUUACCUGUCCAAAGAGUAAGGUGGAAUGGAAUCCCAAUCAAGAGCGUAAAAAAGUCCUCAUUAUCUACUCUUUGGACCACCCCCUGUACAAAGAGAUCAUCCUAAAAUUAUGUGCCUUCUUGAGGGCUAAAUGUGCCACAGAUGUCACCCUGGAUCUCCUAGACUCUGCUUGGCUCAGCACCAUCGGAAGAAUUCAGUGGCUGGACAUGCAGAGAGAACGAAUCUCCAAGACCUCAGAUAAAGCCAUGAUCCUGUGCUCUCCAGGUGUGUACGCAAAGUGGAAGGCCAUGUGUGGUGGGCCCAGAGUGAGACUGAAGGAAGAUGAACGUUCACCAAUUGGAGAUAUGCUCACCCCUGCCCUAAGCCUCAUAAUACCGGAUUUUGUUCAAGCUUCAUCUUUUGAGAAGUACAUUGUGGCUUAUUUUGAUGACGUGUGCUGUGAGGAUGACGUUCCAGCACCAUUUAAUGCCGUAGUGAAGUACAAGCUGAUGAAGCACUUUGAGGAACUGUACUUCCGAAUAUUGGACAUGGAAAAACAUGAGCCAGGACAGAUUAAAUGCAUCAAGGGUAUUGGAGAGAAUGAUUACUUCAACUGUCCAUCGGGAAAAGCCCUUUGGAAUGCUAUUGAAACUUUUCAAAAUUACCAGCUGAAGAAUCCAAACUGGUUUGAAAUGGAGCUUUUGGGCAAAGAUGAUCAAGAAGAGGCAACCAGCUUCAAAUCGAUCUUUCCAACAGAUAUGAACUGCAAUCCCGUCACUGAAUGUGAUCAAUUUAUUGAAGAGCAUAAAAGUCAAACACUCAUCAAUAUGAUUAAGUGUCAGAGUAAAGAUGAGCAUGUUUUUAUGUCUUCAGUUGAAGAGACAGGCAUGCUACUGAAUGAGUAUUCUUCAGUUGUUACCACAGAUGUCCAGUAUAGUAGUCCAAAACUGAAUAGUUUAGUCAUUUGA